CGGGCCCUGGCCUGGCACAGACCCGCACACUCUCAGUUCAGCACCUCUCCCUUCCUCUCUCUCUCCCUCUCUCACACACACGUUCUGUUCUUCCUCCAGCCCCAGGAGGCCAGACCGAGGGACGUGGUCACUCUUUGAAAACUCCAAGCCGAGGCCGACGAUGCAGCGGGCCGGCCUCCUGCUGCUGGUGGGGCUCUGCUGCCUGUGCCAGGCGCAGUACGAGGAGGACUCGCACUGGUGGUUCCAGUACCUCCGCAACCAGCAGUCGGCCUACGAUGACCCCUACGACCCCUACCCCUACGAGCCUGCCGAGCCCUACCCCUACCCCUACGGAGUGGACGAGGGGGGCCCGGCCUACUUCUACGGCUCCCCGUCCCCCCCGGAGCCCCGCGACUGCCCCCACGAGUGCGACUGCCCCCCCAACUUCCCCACGGCCAUGUACUGUGACAACCGCAACCUCAAGUACCUGCCCUUCGUGCCCUCCCGCAUGAAGUACGUCUACUUCCAGAACAACCAGAUCGCCGCCAUCCAGGAGGGCGUCUUCGACAACGCCACGGGCCUGCUGUGGGUCGCCCUGCACGGGAACCAGAUCACCAGCGACAAGGUGGGCCGGAGGGUCUUCUCCAAGCUGAGGCAGCUGGAGCGGCUGUACCUGGACCACAACAACCUGACCCGCAUGCCCGGGCCCCUGCCCCGCUCCCUGCGGGAGCUCCACCUCGACCACAACCAGAUCUCCAGGGUCCCCAACAACGCCCUGGAGGGGCUGGAGAACCUCACCGCCUUGUACCUGCAGCACAACGAGAUCCAGGAGGUGGGCAGCUCCAUGCGGGGCCUCCGCUCCCUCAUCCUGCUGGACCUCAGCUACAAUAACCUCCGCAGGGUGCCCGACGGGCUGCCCUCCGCCCUGGAGCAGCUGUACCUGGAGCACAACAACGUCUACACCAUGCCCGACAGCUAUUUCCGGGGGUCGCCCAAGCUGCUGUACGUGCGCCUGUCCCACAACAGUCUCACCAACAGCGGCCUGGCCACCAACACCUUCAACUCCAGCAGUCUCCUGGAGCUUGACCUGUCCUACAACCAGCUCCAGAAGAUCCCCCCAGUCAACACCAACCUGGAGAACCUGUACCUCCAAGGCAACAGGAUUAACGAGUUCUCCAUCAGCAGCUUCUGCACGGUGGUGGACAUGAUGAACUUCUCCAAGCUGCAGGUGCUGCGUCUGGACGGCAAUGAGAUCCAGCGCAGCGCCAUGCCGGUGGACGCCCCCCUCUGCCUGCGCCUGGCCAGCCUCAUCGAGAUCUGAGUCCCGGCCCCAGCCCUGACCCGCAGCCCCACCACACCCACUGCAUUCAGCUUGCUGGUUUGGCUUUUGCUGGGAGGUUUGGGACAGUCUUGGGACAGCAAUCCGUGGGCUCCUCUUCGACCUCUUCCCUGUAGGUGGAAUUAGGUGGGAUCAGGGGCUGGACAGGCUUCUGGCUGAGGGUGUCAGCAAACACCGUCUGUACCCCAGUGACAAGAAAGGGAGCAGAUGGAAUUAUCCUAAGAAGCCCUGGCCCCAGAAAUCUCACGAUUGUUGAGUUCUCGCAGAUGAAUUCAAGGCACAGCCGUGUAAGAGUCGCUUGAGCCAUCUAGCGCAUAACCGCACUUCGCAAGCAAUCUCUGGCUCUCCCUCCCGGCAGCCCUGUGCUCCCAUUGAUCACUCCUCAAAAUACUCUGGCCCAGCCUCCUCCUCCUCCUCCUCUUCCUCCUCCUCCUCCUCCUCCUCCUCCUCCUGUUCUUCUGUCCCUGCCUGAGCAGCCAGGAGACCCCAAGGCAUGAGGGCUGCCUAGCCGCCAGUGAGGAGACCCUCCCCUUUCCUCUGAAGUUGAGCGGGCAUGGAGAGUCCCCAUGGAAAGCCACCAGAUCAGCCCAUCACUAGUGGGGUGUCACUGGUCACAGGCUGAUGAUACAGGAGGGACCACGACCCUGGGCUAGGAUCCCUUUAUGAGGUUCUAUUUUAGCCGCUGGGCGGUUCUUUGAAAGGUAGGUCUGACUUCUAAGGGGGAGAGGCCAGACUGGCGGUCACUGAUUCAGAACCCAGGGCCAAUUAGCUGAACUACAGGACUGUCGUAGUGUUUCAUCCUGCCCGCAGGCUCCGCUUCCCCGCUUAGAUGUCUAGCCUCAAAGAUGGAGGCCGUGUGGUUUUCAAAAGCAUGGGAAAAGACGGGCUAUUCUUUUCAUCUAAGCAGGAAGGUCUGAUACGCUGAAAGGAGAGACAGACCCCAGCCAGUUCCCAACAUGCCCCCCGGGGGCCCAAAGAACGGGGUGGGGUGGGGGGGAGGAGUUCCUCUCUGUGAACUGAUUUUCCUAAGGCCAGAGUUCAAAGUACCAGCUCUGCCCAGAGCGCUCGCAGGGCUCAGCAGCCCUCUUUGCUUCCACACCUUCAUUACCAAGAUGCUCUUUUCUCUUCCUCGCUUGGCUGGAAAGCACUUAUUUCCCCUCAGUUCUGAAAUGUAAUAUUGCUAGGGCUGAACCCAUCUGUUCCUCUGGGCAAUGAUGGGGUUCAGUCAUCUUGGGGAGCCAGGGGUGAGGACCCACGGGGGACAUUCAACCCCAGUGCAGCCCACCCCGACACCAGGACACCCCUAUCCAGUGUCUGCUCAUCAGCAGCUUCUCCAGAAAGGGAAGAAGGAGAGGAGGGAAAGGGAGAGGGGGAUCCUAGACUUCCUUCUUGACUCCAGACCCUGAAAUCUACAAAAGCCAAACCAGCUCAUUUCAACCGGGAGCUCUGAGGCCCAGGGCGACGCCUGCUCUUCAGAAAGCAUCUGCAUGUGGACACCAUCAUGUCCCUUAUUAUAAAGGAUUCUCAUUACAGGAAAGGCAUGCGUGGUGGCUAACCUGACCAAUAAAGUUAUUUUACGAGUGCA